AUGGGUAGCAUCGAACGAGGGACCGUCCACGAACGGCAUACGCUACCUGACGGCAGGAUGGUGCUCUCGGAAGGCGAGGCAUACGACAAGCUCGGGUUCACUUUCCCCACUUGGAAGAAGUGGACGAUUCUCUCUGUCAUAUUUGCUGUACAGUGCUCCAUGAACUUCAACGCAUCUGUGUACGCAAAUGCUGUACCGCUUUUGGCGGAAGAGUUCUCCAUCAGCGAGCAGGCUGCGCGGGUAGGCCAGUUGGUGUUCCUCAUAUCCUAUGCCUUCGGGUGUGAGCUUUGGGCGCCAUGGUCCGAAGAGCUCGGGCGCAGGCCCAUCCUGCAACUCAGUUUACUCUUCGUGAAUAUCUGGCAGAUACCAUGCGCCUUAGCCCCGAACUUCGCUACCAUCGUAGUGGGUCGCUUCCUCGGCGGCAUCUCAUCGGCAGGAGGUUCCGUUACUCUGGGAAUGGUUGCCGAUAUGUGGACCGCGGAAGAGCAGCAGUUCGCAGUUGCCUUUGUCGUCUUUUCUUCGGUCGGCGGAUCCGUCCUCGGUCCUAUCUUUGGUGGCUUCAUCCAAGAAUAUCUGUCAUGGCACUGGAAUUUCUGGAUCCAGCUUAUGUUCGGCGCCGCAGUCCAAGCGAUGCACUUCUUCAUGGUCCCGGAGACUUGCACCAUUGUCUUGCUCGACCGGGAGGCUAAGAGGCGUCGCGAGGCUGGCGAGAAGAACAUCUACGGCCCUUCUGAGGUGAAGGAGAACCGCUUCUCUGCCAGGAAGAUUGUCGCAAUUUGGCUGCGUCCGUUCGAGAUGUUCGUCCGCGAGCCGAUCGUGCUGUGCCUGUCGCUUCUCAGUGGCUUCAGUGAUGCUCUUAUCUUCUCGUUCCUCCAGUCCUUCGGUCCUGUGUUCCAGCAGUGGGGCUUUGGCACGGUCACAGGUGGUCUCGCUUUCUGCUCCAUCGGAGUGGGAUACAUCAUCGCCUACGCGUCCUUCAUUCCCUGGAUUUGGAAGCAGCGCAACCAGCUUCGUAAAGACCCUAACUCGCUUCAACCCGAAGCUCGCCUGUGGUGGCUCCUCUUCACUGUUCCUCUCGAGCCCAUCGGUUUGUUCGGUUUUGCUUGGACUAGUUUGGGCCCGCCUAUUCCUUGGAUCGCUCCGAUGAUUUUUGCCUGCAUGAUUGCCAUUGCAAACUAUGCUAUCUACAUGGCGACUAUCGACUACAUGGUUCAGGCCUAUGGUCCCUAUGCAGCUUCAGCUACGGGUGGUAACGGUUUUGCUCGAGAUUUCCUUGCUGGUAUCGCGGCGCUUUACUCAGUUCCGCUGUAUCAGAACUUGGGGCCGCACUCGCUCGAGUGGGCGUCGACCCUUCUGGGCUUUCUCGGCGUCAUUGUCGCGAUCCCAGUGUACGUCUUCUACUGGUAUGGCCCACAGAUUCGUGCGCGAUGCAAGUUUGCGCAGGCAGCGCGCGCCUCCGUCACAGGCGAUGCGAAAGUGGCGGACCUGUAUUGA